UGUUUAUUUGUGGAAUAUUUUUGUGAAAGAGUUGUCUAACAUCAUCUCUUUCAACCCCAAUAAAUCUUGUGAUAGGAAAUUCCCCUACUUGAGUAGAUUUCCACAAUUUUAAUACAUUUUCUUCGGUUUCCUUGCUAUAUUCUAAACGAAACUGGCUAAAUGGAAACAUCAUGCCAUUGACUUCCCGCCUCUACCAAAGCCAAGGGUGAGGGAAGCUGAAAACAAAGGCGUUCCGCUUGAACACACAGAGGCUUUCGAAGAUACAAACAAAGAAGCAAAGACAACGUUUACUACUAUGAACACUGCCUCCACCACUACCACCACCAGUACCGUCAUCACCACCACAACCAACACGAACAUUUAAAACAAUUUUGCAGCAGCUUUAAAGCUGAAGAAAAGUAUCAUGUCCGUUUCGAAGGAAGAACUGCUUGUCUGCAAGGCAAUGUUUAAAAAAGACGAACACACCAUACAACUACAGACACCACAAAAAGUCACAGAAGAAAUCUAAAAAACAAAACAAAAAAAAACAAACAAACCCAAUUAUUUACAAGACAUUCAACCUAAAAACAAAAUUAUACGAGGCGGCCACUCAAGAAACAGUAGAAAAAUGUUUAAGGCCUAUAUAGGCCUUUAAAGACUACAUCACGAGGGGAAACAAAUUUGCCAUGAUCGAAGUUAGAUUCGACAGUGAAGAACGAGCCAAGGAUCUCUCCACAAUGAUCAACUUAAUAAUGAUCCCUACAUACCUUGGUCGUAGGGUCACAAAAAAAAAAAAAAAAUGUGCCCCCUGAAAUAGAAAUAAAAGGACUUGUGACUGUUACGAUAUCGAAGAAGAAAUCCAUAUCUUGGAAAUCGCUGUUCUGGACCAACAAAAUUGGGUUGGUCAACGAAUUGAAAUCCUUGCUCAAAUUGAUCCGAUCAACUUUGAAAGAAUUCCUCAUCAAAUCAAACUGACAGACGAUUCGACUUUGCAUGUGGCCGUCGAAGGCAGAAAGCCACGUUGCUACAUUUGUGGUAGCAAUGACACUUGAAAAUCAGUUGCCAAUUAGCACAGAAACAACAUCAACAGCAAUAACAACGACAACAAAAUCCCGAACAACAACCACAAGAAAACCAAAAACCGAGAAAAGAACCAGUACUGCUACCCACACCGCCAUAUGCACAACUAAUUAAACAAUUCUACAAACAAAUGAAGGAACAUCAGUAACCAACAAACUAGCCCAACCAAACACCAUCACCACCACCACCACCGCCACGAAGAACAGAACACCAUCACCACCACCAACAACAACAACUCCAAAGUCCAAAGGAAGAAGAGAAAACCAAAAAGACUCAUACUUCACCCUCAAAAACCCAUACACCACAUCCCAACUGUCACUAACCAGCACCUACACCAACAACAAAAUCAACACUUAGAAAUAGACCCCAUUACCUUUCCCCUCCCACCUCCUGAUUCCUCUGACAUGUCAAAUGAAGACGACAUAGAAGAUUGGCAAGUGGCCACAGGGGGAAGGAGGAAAAGAAGGGAAAAAAUAGAGAAGCAGACAAACAAAGCAGGGAGGUUUUCCGCUCCCGAAACCAAAACACCCGCAGAAAACAAAAUCAUCAACACAAACACACUACACCAAACGCUCCAACAAUGUUGACAGCUAUAAACACCAACAAUCCAGACCUAAUGGAAUACAUUAGGUCAAACACCAACAUAACAGAAAACGAUACCAAAACAAGUAAUUAUCCACACACAACACCACCACAACACAUUAAAAUCAUACACAUAACACAGAGCACACACAGCACACUGAAAUCUCUAUUUUCGGAUGCAGUAGGGAGAUUUCAAAAAUACCUGCCUAAAAAACUAUACAAAAACCUUCUGGGAGAAGACUGUGAGGUGAAGGACAUACAACUUUCGGACAAUUUAAGAAGUACGGGCUGCUCAUGAUAGUUACUAUGGUUGUCAUAUAUGGAUUUAUUCGCAUCUACGCCGGGAAUUUAGAUUUUAAACUAACAGUGCCUUCAAAGUUACCAAAGCAUUAUUCUUUUAUAACUACCACACAGCUACUACACAGCAACUUUCAUCGAGGACCGGGCUAUUUUAAAACGUGUAAACCUCAAUCUGAUGUUGUUUUUUUAAAAGUACACAAAGCUGGGAGUACCACCGUGAUGAAUAUAUUACUUCGUUAUGGAUUAUAUCAUAAACUCGUAUUUGUCUUACCGAAGAAUAGCAAUUAUAUCAACAGACAAUCAGAACUGGAUGUCAAUAGAAUCCUUCCACCACCAAAGGGCAAACGUUACAAUAUUCUGUGUAACCAUUCCGUCUACAACAGAUCCGUAUUCCAUAAUUUAUUUCCUCCUGGUACUUUCUACCUUGCUAUCAUCCGGCAACCAUUUGAACAAUUUAAAUCUGCAUUUAAUUAUUACGGUGUGACCCGAAUUGUAAUGCGCCAAAAGAAUUCUUCAACCAAUCCUCUCCGAGAUUACUUACAGCUACGAAAGAAAAUUUCAAUUCCGAAGUCUAUGAAUUUUGUCAAUAAUCGAAUGGCGUAUGAUUUCGGAAUCGCCCCGGAGAAUUUUACGAAUAACAAGGCAAUUAAAGACUAUAUUGAAAUUCUUGAUAAGGAUUUUGACUUAGUGAUGAUAAUGGAGUAUUUUGAUGAAUCUCUUAUUCUACUUCGUCGAUAUCUUUGUUGGACCAUGAAAGAUAUCGUUUCAGUAAGAUUAAAUGCACGCAAGAGCAAAAUCGAAACAUCAAUGGAUGACUUUGAAAGACACAAAAAUAUAACCAUGGCAGAUUAUAUGAUAUACGAACACUUUUUAGGGACCUUUUGGAAGCUGGUCGCUUUAGAAGGAUCUUCAUUCUUCAAAGAAUUGAGUCACUAUAAACAGAUACGAAAAAUAAUCGAAGCGUUUUGCAAAGGUGAAUCAAAAGACAGAAAGAUUGUAAUUCCAAGUUCUAACUGGAAUAUGGCGUUUGAAAUAUCCCAAAUAGAAUGUAAACAUAUUAUUAUUGGGGAAAUAGCUUUUCUUGAUAUAAUCAGAAAAUUACAGUAUCCUAUAUGAAUACAUAUUUAUGAAACGCCACGCUUCCUCUUCCA